AUGGCUCCCGGCGGUGCGACGUCUACCCGUGGCCGUGGUGGCAAGUUUAAAAAGUACACUCGAGGAGGCAACACAGGCGGCCACCACUUCUCCCGAGACCUCCAGCCCAUAGACGACGACGGUAACGCCGUGAGCAUGUGGGCCGAGGAGGGCAGAGACCACGACGGCUCCUCCGACUCGGAAGAAGACGGAGAGGAGGACUCGGAAGAGGAGGAGAGCGGAGACGGCGGCAAGGAGGCCGUCGCGGCCGCCCAGGCGGCCGCCCAGGAGGCCGCCACGCGCGAGGACCGCAAAGCCCAGAAGAAGGCCCGCAAGGAGGCCGCCCUGGCCAGGCAAAAGGCCAAGGAUGUCCAGGUGGGAGACCUCCCCACCAGCGACGAGGACGAGAGCGACGAGGACGACGACGAGGCUGCCGGCGGUCCUGGCCUCCCCGCCAACCCCAACCACUCCAGAGCCGCUCGCGAGCAGGCCGCCAAGGCCGCGGCGCCGCGCAACGAGGACGGCGACGGCGACGACGACCCAGGCGAGGGCGACUCGGGCGUCCAGGGCCUGACCAAGGGCGUCAAGGAUCUGAGCACCCUGUCGAGACGCGAGAGGGAGGCUGUCGAGGCUGCCGCCUCCAGGGAGAGGUACCUCAGGCUACAGGCCCAGGGGAAGACGGACGAGGCCAAGGCCGAUCUGGCCCGUCUCAAGGUGAUCCGUGAGCAGAGGGCUGCCGAGGCUGCUAGACGACAGGUCGAAAAGGAAGAAAAGGAUGAGGCCGACAAGACUCGUCGGGCUGAGCUGGAGGCGGCUCUGAACAAGAAGCGUCAGCCUGCCGCUGGGAAGAAGGGGUCCAAGAAGAAGUGA